AUGAAGUUCGUAUUGCAUUUAAUGAUCACCGUGCAUUAUUUUUUUAAUCUUCAAUAUUAUGAACAAGUUUUUGUUGCUAAAGUUCAACCAUAUUUACAAUCAAUAUCACCAUCUAUACCAAUAAUACAUAAUAUUAUUAAUUUUUAUUUUAUAUUAACAUGUCAUGAACUUGCACAUAAUUCAAAUUUUUUUAAUCAUUUAGAAACAAUAGCAGUGAAAUUCAUGACAGAAAAAGAUUUAUUUCUACAACAAUUUUCAUUUCAACUUUAUUUACAAAAUAAUAUUGAUUAA